AACCUCCCAAAACAUAUUUUCCGGGGCUUAGGUUUUGAUCAGCUUCACUAAGCUGUUCUAAACCCGGCACACAAGAAACCUUUCAAGGAGCCGGCAAUCCUGCAGAACUUCCUUCAGAAUAUUCUGCGGGCAGGUCCCUAGAAGAAAAGAAUUCAUUCUAUGGACUUCAGACAAUCAAAUCUUCCGGUUGCAGGGAUUAUGGGCAGCUAGAUUCCCGGAAGGACUUGCAGGAGAUGGCAAGGGAGUUGUGUACCAAGUGGGAGGAGGGGGAUUUGGCACAGAGGUUACUCACUGCCGGCCCCGCACCGACCCGGGAGCCAGAGGAUGAGGAAGAGGCCGAUGAUGAAGAGGUGAUGGCACACCCUGAUCACGAGGAUGGGGAGGAUGAGAACGUCCCUCCACUCGAUGAUCAGACGGUGAUGCCGGUUUACGAGCAGAUGGUGGCAGGAGUAAUCCACCACAUCUCUCCAGCCGGCAAGAGGUAUCCCAAGUUGGCGAGCUCAGGACGUCCAGCGAACCGGUUCGGCCACGACGGCAUCACUAUACUCAAAUUUCUACAGACCAAUAGGUCAUGUCCAGCGAACGGGUUUGGCUACGACGGUAUCGAGCUCGGAACUUGGUGGCCGCCGCGGAUUUCCGCGCGCCGCGAUGGAGCCCAUUGUGCGCCUGUUGCAGGCAUUUAUGGACAGUUAGAUGUCGGGGCAUUCUCGAUUAUCUCGUCGGGUGGCAGUGGGUAUGAGGCCACCGAUGAGGAUAACGGGGAUGUCCUGUUCUACUCUGGAACCAAUGGGUGGAAGGCCAACGGGGAUACGGGGCCUGUGCUAACGACGCACACGAAGGUGCUCAUGCGCAGCUACGAGAGCCAACGGCCCGUACGGGUCGCCAGGGCUAAGGGAGCGAGCAAAUGGGCGCCGAGUGUUGGCUAUCGUUACGACGGUUUGUAUACCGUUGUGGAGCACGAGGUUGCCACGAGGAAGGUGAAGGGAACGAACGCGGAGGAGGGCUACUACCGCUUCAAGAUGGUCCGCUGUGAUGGCCAGGAGCCGGAGAUUGACGAUGAGCGCGACGCCCUACUAUACUCAAAAUUCUACAGACCAAUAGGUCAUGGAUACAUCUUAAGCAUCAACAAUCGACCACGAUAGAGUCCACUUCAACUUGGAGGAAUUCAAGGGGAUAUCAGUUGAGGAGGACGAGGAUGGAGAGGAUGAGGCUGAGGAGGAUGA